AUGAAUACUGAAUAAUUAGAAUAAAUAAGAUUGAAUGCUCUCUAAUUACUUGAUAAAGGCAAAACUUUAUAUAUGAGUGACUAAAUAUUUGAAACAAAAAAAGAAGGAUAUAGUUUAAUGAUAUAAGGAUUAGAAGAACUAAUUAAAUAUGCAAAACUAGAGACUAAAAAAGAAUCUAAGAGUUUGGUGAAAUAACAGAUCAAAAUGAAUUUAGAGAUACUUGAAAAAUUAAAAGUCUAAUUGAACUCUUUAGAGAAAAAAAAUAACAUAGAAUAGAAUUAAAAUAAUAAUUAAGAAAAUUAAAAUCAACAAUUUAAGGAUGCUUAGGCUUCCAAACCUGAUUUAUUCAAUUCUAUAAAAACAAAUGUAAAAUUGGAAGAUAUAAUUGGUUUAGAACAGGCAAAGAAAUAUUUACAAGAGGCUGUCAUAAUACCAUUAAAAUUCCCAAAAUUAUUUUAAGGGAUUCGUAAUCCUUAUAAAGGUAUUCUAUUAUAUGGACCUCCAGGUACAGGUAAAACAAUUUUAGCAAAAGCGUGUGCGACUGAAUCUGAGUGCACUUUUUUAUUUGUUUCAUAUUGUGACUUAAUAUCAAAAUAUGUAGGCGAAUCCGAAAAGUUAAUUAAAUAAUUAUUUUCUUAUGCAAGACAGAAAAAACCGUGUAUCAUAUUUAUAGAUGCAAUCGAUUCAAUAUUUAGUGAUCGAGAAUGUGCUAGUGGUGAACUUAGAAGUGUAAAAACAUAACUUUUAAUUGAAUUUUAAGAUUUUAGUUAUGAUUAGAUAAUUGUGAUUGGUGAAACUAAUUUACCUUGGAAUAUAGAUAUGAGUGUUAGAAAAAGAUUUGAAAGACGAAUAUAUAUCCCACUUCUAAAUCAUGAUGAGAGAUUAAUUUUACUUUAAAAUAAGCUAAAAGAAAUACCUAAUAAUUUAAAUUUGGAUUAAUUUAAAUGUCUUGCAGAAAAAUUAGAAGGAUAUUCUGGAUCCGACAUAAUUAAUUUUAUUAAAGAGGCAUAAUCUGAAUAGAUAAGAGCAAUUCAAAAAGCCACUCAUUUUAAAAAGCAAUUUACUUAAAAUUAAACCAAAUAUAUGGUUUGUUCCUUAAAUGAUCCAGAAGCUGAGGAGAUGACAUUAAUGGACAUUCCUUCAGGGCAAUUAUUGUUAAAUGAAAAUAUUUCAUAUAGUGAUUUUUUGGCUGUACUUCCAAACCUAAAAAGAGACAUUACAUAAUAAUAAUUAAUGGAGUAUAAAAACUGGACCGAUUAAUUUGGAUACUAAGGUUGA